CAGGCAGCACCGCAGCCUUGUUGGGAUUCUUUGUUUGUCUGCGGUCAAUCAUCUCAUCGGCCUUGAAGUCGACGAGAGUUUCUCUAGAUGCAUCCAUCAUCAAGCUAAGACGGAUCUCCACCCGCUUGAUCCUGAUUCCAAGGGACUCCCCGCGAUCGCCCGUUCCGCAACCCGAGAUCGUCGAUCGUUCCAAACGAGGGAUAGACCCAAACGACGGAGAUCGACUCCGACGUAGAUGACGAUGGCGCCGGUCGGGAUUAUCACUCGCCUCAAGAGCCUCUACACUAAGCCACAGGAUGAGCCUGUCAUUUCAGCGCAGCAAGCCGCGCUGUAUUCGCUGGCCUUGACCUUUCUCUAUGUCGUCCCAUUCUACCUCUUCUCCGCCACGCGGCCGUCGCAAACCCUCAGUCGGGAUGCCCCUUCGGUCAUAAGGGCUCGCAUCCGCGCGGUGACGGGGUCUUGCCUGCUCAGCACGGCCGCCGUCCUGUGGCUGUUCACGGCGAAGGGGCAUUUCCCGUCCAACGAGACCCUCCGGCUACUGGGAUGGUGGCCCGUGGGCGCUCAGGAGAUCGUGCGCAGUCUCACCCUGACCGCCAUCCUGUUCGUGGGUCCGCUCUUUGAGCGAGGCGUCAUAUGCGGCCAAUGGCGGGACUGGGUCCGAGGACGGGGGUUGUCCGAGUCGCUGCGCGGGUGGAUGGGAUGGCGCAACUUCGUCGCCGGCCCCAUUACCGAAGAGGUCCUCUUCCGAUCAUCCAUCAUCCCACUACACCUGUUAGCCAGAGUCCCACCCAGCCACAUUAUCAUAAUCACACCACUGUAUUUCGGCAUUGCCCACGUACACCAUUUCUACGAGUUCCGCCUCACCCACCCCGACACCUCCGCGUUCGCCGCCCUGCUCCGCUCCGCCGUCCAGUUCGGAUACACGACCGUCUUCGGCUGGUACGCCACCUUCCUGUAUUUGCGGACCGGAUCGCUUCUGGCCGUCAUCGUCGUCCACAGCUUCUGCAACUGGUGUGGGCUCCCCCGGUUGUGGGGCCAGGUGGGUGGCUCGGGCGUGCCGUCAAAUUCGCCGCGCCUGUGUAAAGAUAAGGACGGGGAGGAGUCGGGUUCUCCGAAGGAGGCUGGCCGGUUACGGGUCGGUUGGACUAUUGCCUAUUAUGUGCUUCUUGUGGCGGGGAUCGUGGGGUUUUACAAGGGGUUGUGGCCGUUGACAGAGUCGCCGCGUGCGUUGGUCUUGUUUACUGCUAGGUAGUUGGAACGCAUUGUUCAUGGAGACUUUGGGAGGGCAACUGGUUUGAGAGAAGCUUUCGUUCUUCCUUUUUGUGUUUUUUUUCCCCUUUCCAUCUCUUUCCCUUUCUUACUUGUUCUUUUUAAACCUGCUUGUGGCACUUUGUUCGGUUCUGGGCUCGCCCAUUUCGGUCUUACAUCUUAAUUUGCCAACACCCUUUGGUUUUUGAUUCGGACAAAGACGGUAAUAAGGAAUAAUCUGCAAGUGUAUCUACUGCAUCCCCGUGGCCAAAUAUUAUUGAGCGUGAUUAUGUCAACGUCUCCAAUUUUGUUGUG